AUGCGGCGACCACACCGCAAAUCGCGGUAUGGAUGCAAGAACUGUAAACAGUCACAUAAGAAAUGCGACGAAGGACGGCCAUCGUGUCAGAAUUGCGUCACAGCGGAACGACGGUGCUCAUAUUUAGAUUCCAUUGCCAAACCAUCACGUCCGCAUUUAGCACUCCCGGUGGCAUCAACCUCCUCCCAUAGAAGCCCAGUCUCAUCCGCAUUGUCUGCUACGAAUGAGGUUUCUCAACAUGAGUUGACAACAGGCGGCAGUAGCGGCUGUAGUACCGCUGGAAAAGAGGAACUAUCAAGUCCCCACACUCACGAGCGGUACAAUCUGCUGCACUUGGAGCUGUUGAAUCAUUUUAGAACCGUCGUUGGCCAAGAACUGGUGCGUGACCAGCCAGAGGACGAAAAUCUCAUCCAGCAAGCAAUCAACCAAGCAUAUAAAACACCCUACCUGAUGGAUGAGUUGAUCGCGUUCGCGGCGGCGCACAAAAGCGUCGUUCCAGGUCAGCCGAAAAGCUUGUAUGCAAGCGAGGCAACGCGACUACAAACCAGAGCGCUAGCUGCAUUCAACGCGGCCACAGCAGAAAUCUCAGAUGAGAACUGCAUGUCUAUGUUCUGGUUUUCUGCUAUCCUGGGUCAGCAUGUUAUGUUCAACACAUUCUCAUCACUAUCAGACCUCUCUACAGUGCUAGAUCGGUUUGUGCAGUGCCUGACCCUGCACAGAGGCGUCCGCGUCAUUUCCAGCGAAGCGUGGCCGCGGAUUCAACAGGAGCUCUACGGCCACGUCGGUGACCUACCGCUAGACCCAGCCGAAAUCGAGACAGGUAGCCGGGGGGACGAGUGUGCAUCGCUUUUUCAACUCUUAGACGAGAGUGGUCUCAAUCGGUCUUGCAUAAAGCAAGAUGUCUUGACGCUUCAGCGCAUGUUUGAUGAGCAGAAUAGCCGGGAAUUUUCAAAAAGCCGCUACAUCCUUCUCCCCCAGGAGUGGCUCGUACGAGUUUCUGUGGAGUUUGUGCACCUUGUAGAACAACGUCGACCAGAGGCUCUGGUGGUUCUUGCUCAUUAUAGUGUUCUGCUCCUCAGGGCGAAACAUUACUGGGUGAUAGACGGUGCUGGAGGCUUCUUGAUACAAUCAAUCACGAGACACCUCGGAUCAUACUGGAGCCCAUGGCUCAAAUGGCCGAAUUUGAUGCUGGAAGAUCCAUCAUUGCAACAUGGAGGGCCUCGAUGA